CGAACACAUUUAUCUACUAUUUCAUAGAUCUGCACUUGUACUACUUACUAAAUCUCAUUGUCCAAUCUACUACAACAAAAAUAUACAAUGUCUACAACUACAACUAUCCCCCACCCUUCCAAAACUCGCCCCAUCGUCAUCAUCGGUGCUGGCGUCCUGGGCCGCCGUAUGGCCGCUGUCUUCUCCUCCGCCGGCUACAGCGUGCACAUCAACGACCCAUCGCCUUCAGCUCUCGAAUAUGCAAGAAACUACGUCUCAACGCACCUUCACGAAUUUACUACCCAUACCCCAAAGUGUCCUCCCCCUCCAGGCCAAAUCUCAACCUUCACCUCCAUCCCCGAAGCAGUGUCCACAGCCUGGCUCGUCAUCGAAGCUAUUCCCGAGAACCUCCCUCUCAAGCAAUCUCUCUUCGCCGACCUCCACGCUCACAGUCCCUCAGACUGCAUUCUCGCAUCUAACAGCAGCUCCUUCAAGUCCCGCCUCAUAGGGGCCCAUCUACCCCCGUCACGACGAACCCUUCUCCUCAACAUGCACUUCACUAUGCCGCCGGCUAUUCGUACCGUGGAACUCAUGACCUGCGGGGAUACAGAUGAGCGGGUAUUCCCUAUGCUAAGUGGGGUGCUGACUGAGUGUGGGGUUAUCCCCGUGACGGCGAGGAAAGAGUCCACCGGUUUUAUAUUUAAUCGGCUCUGGGCGGCGAUUAAGCGUGAAAUACUGAUAAUCCUGGCGGAGGGGGUGAGUGAGCCAGCUGAGAUUGAUCUGUUGUGGAGGGAGAUGUUUGGCCAGAGAGAGAGUUUGCCGCCGUGUCGGUUGAUGGAUGCAGUGGGGUUGGAUACGGUGGCUAAUAUUGAGGAGAAUUAUGUGGAGGAGAGGGGUCUGGAUGGGAUUCUGACGGUGAAUUGGGUGAGGGAGAAGUUUGUGAAGACUGGCAGAGUGGGGAGGAAGGCAGGAGGGUUGGGGGGAUUGUAUCCGCCGGAGUUGGAGGUGGAUGGGGAGAAGAAGGAGGAGGAGGGAGAAAAGCCUCUGCUCUACCUUCUUGAUGUUGGGCUGGGAGCGAAUACUCCUGAUAUCGAGAAUAUUCCUGUGGCUGGGAGGAUACUGAAGUUCCAGCCGGGCAGGGCUGGUACUGGCACGCCCGUCCCCAUCGUCAUGGGCCAGUCUCUCCCUGAUGGUAUUGAUGUGUCCCAGACGGCAGGACGCAUCUUCUGGACGAACAUGGGACGGUCGACAUCCACUCAUGACGGCUCCGUGCACUCAGCCACACUAGAUGGUCAGGAUAUAUGCACCCUACUCCCAGCCGGGAAAGUGCAUACACCCAAGCAGCUUGUUGUCGAUGAUACAACGCAGCAUGUGUACUUUUGCGAUCGCGAAGGGAUGGGCGUGCAUCGAGUGCGGUUUGACGGGUCCGGGCAUGAGGUGCUGGUACAGACAGGAGCACUUGACAGUCCCGCCCACCGCGGAGACAUGACCCGGUGGUGUGUGGGAAUUACAUUGGACCGAAAGAAUGGACAUGUGUAUUGGACGCAGAAAGGGCCAAGUAAGGCUGGGAAGGGCCGGAUUUUCCGUGCUGGUUUGGAGAUGCCAGCUGGCCAGACAGCGGAGAGUCGGUCUGAUAUUGAACUGGUAUUGGAAGGAUUACCAGAGCCGAUUGACUUGGAACUAGAUGAGGAGGAGGGAUUUCUGUAUUGGACGGAUCGGGGGGAGCAUCCGUUGGGGUGUUCGCUGAAUAGGGUCAAGAUUGUUAGUGAUAGCGGUAAGGUGAUGGAUGAGUCGAGGAAAAUCCUGGCGCGGCAUUUCAAUGAGCCUAUUGGGUUGAAGUUGGACAAGAAGGGGAAGAAGGUAUAUGUUACUGAUUUGGGAGGAAGCUUGUAUAUUGUGAACUUGAAGAAUGGGGAGAAGAAGGUGGCAUGGAAAGAUGAGGGGUGUUAUACUGGAAUUGCAUUGUUAGUGUAGUAGAAGAGUUUUGACUAUUUUAUGUGUUCGACAAUAGAGGGUUUGGAUGCUUUUCUCAAUGUAUUCGUUGAAGUCACUUCCGAGGAAAAAUCGUCGC